UCUAAUCUGCCGCUUACCGAAAGCUUACUAACCCUGGCAGUAAGUGGAUAGGAGCUUCAAAAACGUAGGUUGUUUUUAGUUAACCGCCGGACUUGUUUCUCUUUUUUCUCUUGUUCUCACACUCCACGCUUCACCCUGCACCGGAACAGAAAAUAAUUUUGCAACCUUCGAACUCGGUCGAAAUGUGUUGUGACGCAAACUUGUAUUCGAAUUCGACGGGUCAACCGCAGAGACUCUAACUUUCGCAGUGUCCCGAUACCCAUUCUUCUAGUAUCUUUUCAUAUCCCAUCUCGGGAGUUAUUAGACAUGGCGCAAAGGUUUCCUGUACCAAAUACAGGGAAUAAUGGUCCACCGCAGCAAAGGUACGCAGCAUCAUCUGUGCCUCCAAAUCUACGGCAGUAUUCCAGCCCAAAUUUUUCUAUGCAACAAAGAUCUGGUUUCACUCCUCCUCCACAAAUGGCUAACGCUGGACCUGGUCCAGCAAGCAUAAUAAGAGCAACUCAACCGUAUUCUAAUAUGCGCCAGGGGCCAAUGCCCACUCCACCUGUAGGCAAAAGAAGCGCAGAUCAACGUAUACCAAUGUCACAACAGAAACCGUAUUUUUGGAACAGUGAUUUUUCACAUUCCACAUCCAAGAAGAAGAAAAAGCUGGCAGAUAAGAUACUGCCGCAGAAAGUGCGCGAUCUGGUGCCUGAGUCACAGGCUUACAUGGAUUUACUUGCGUUCGAAAGGAAGUUAGAUGCGACAAUAAUGCGAAAACGAUUAGACAUACAGGAAGCAUUGAAACGUCCCAUGAAGCAAAAGAGAAAAUUACGAAUAUUUAUCUCGAAUACUUUUUACCCAGCAAAAGAGGCUGGUGAGGGAGAAGAAGGUUCCGUAGCGUCUUGGGAACUUAGAGUCGAAGGGCGGCUCUUAGACGAUACAAAGAAUGAUCCUAAUAAGGUGAAAAGGAAGUUCUCUUCGUUCUUUAAAAGCUUAGUUAUAGAAUUGGAUAAAGAUCUGUAUGGACCCGACAAUCACUUGGUCGAAUGGCACCGUACAUUAACAACACAAGAGACUGAUGGUUUCCAAGUGAAAAGACCUGGAGAUAAAAAUGUUCGGUGCACUAUACUUUUACUCCUUGAUUAUCAACCUUUACAAUUCAAAUUAGAUCCCAGAUUAGCCCGAUUGUUAGGUGUACAUACACAAACAAGACCUGUUAUCAUUUCCGCGCUCUGGCAAUACAUAAAAACACAUAAACUCCAGGACAGCCAUGAACGAGAGUUUAUAAACUGUGAUAAAUACUUGGAGCAAAUAUUUGCUUGCUCGAGGAUGAAGUUCGCAGAAAUACCACAGCGAUUGAACCCGUUAUUACAUCCACCAGAUCCGAUUGUAAUUAACCACGUUAUCAGCGUAGAAGGUACAGAAACGAAACAGACUGCAUGCUAUGACAUAGACGUGGAAGUAGACGACACGUUGAAGACACAAAUGAACAAUUUCUUGCUCUCCACCGCGAGCCAACAAGAGAUCCAAAGUCUCGACAACAAGAUUCACGAAACGGUGGAAACGAUCAACCAGUUGAAAACGAACAGAGAAUUCUUCUUAAGUUUUGCCAAAGACCCUCAGCAGUUCAUCAACAAAUGGAUCAUCUCGCAGACCAGAGACUUGAAGACUAUGAUAGAUGUUGUCGGCAAUCCCGAGGAGGAGCGCAGAGCGGAAUUCUACUACCAACCUUGGGCCCAGGAAGCCGUUUGCCGGUACUUCUACACAAAAGUUCAACAGAAACGCGCGGAACUGGAGCAGGCGCUUGGCAUCAGAAACUCAUAAACAUUAUCGAAGUACAGUAUCACUUUGAAGCAUUACUAUGUAAAGUAUUUAUAUAAAUCUUUUUUCCUUCAAUUUCAAGAAGGGCGUCGACUAAUGUAUCUUGUACCUUUAGUCGAUGCUCGGUAAGUUUAUAGUAAGUCUAGACGCGGUCCUAGGAUGACAUAUUUUUAUGAAUGUGUCAAGGACGUCGGAAACGAAGCUGUAUAGUCGUACGAACACGAAACUGUCCUGAAUAAUAAUGACUCCUCCGAGACAGCUUUAUUUGCGUAAAACAUAUAUCAUGUAUCUUUAUUCAAGUCUAAUUUUUUUCAUAACUCUUUUCUAUGAGAAAAUAUAUAAAUAAAUAAAAAUAUAUAUAUGUAUACACAGACAUAUAUAUAUAUAUACAUACACAUUGACACACUAUAUGCAUCAUGGAUGCAAAUGGAAUUCUGUACAAUAUAAUGAAUAAAUCUUUGAUAUAACUCGCUGAAAUCGUUUCGCGUUGCAUCCCAGUGGAUAAGUAUUUUCGUUGCGAUGAAGGUAAUGAUGGGAAGGAAUUGUCCUUUUUGCAUCGUUCGCAGAUGAAGGUAGUUAAGAGUGUGCCAAACAUUCUUAUAGUGUAUUUUAUUUAUUGCCGACAUUAAUAAAAUUGUAAUUUAUAUAAUGUCUGAAGUUAUGGACGUUGAUGGAAUACUGUUGUAAUCAAGGGAAUUGUUACUAGUAGUUAGAACGUUUAAUCGAGGUGCAAAAGGAAACCAAACGAAUCUCAGUUUUCCAUUAUCCAAUUCUUAUUUCGUUUGUGCAAGUAAAUACAAUUUCUUACAUAAUCAGUACAUGUUGAUGCAAAAUAUUGAUUCGGCAAUAUCGCCAAUUUAAAACGCGGGGAACAGGAGCAUCUUAAGUUUCCUACGAAUUUAAUGUUUAUCGUUCUCAUUCGUUUUGUGAAUUUCAUUUUGUGACCGGUGUAAAAGUGCUUCUUCCGCUGUUACUUAAGAGUAUUAUGGAUUAAUUUCAGGCAGUAUUAUAUUAACAUUCCAUGCAUUCACACAGGAUGGGAAAAUUCCAGUGGUGUCUGGUUACAUUCUCGCUUGUAUUUCUCAAUAUCGACGUAACAUCAAAUGUUUUCCCGUUUCUUGCGAAAUGAUUCACAGUGAAAGUAAUCUUGAAAACCCAUAUCGUUCGAUUGGAUAAAUUCCUCUACGCUUUUCUAUAUAUUUUUUUCCUCAUUUUCUUCCUUCGAAACACUAAGCCGUAAUGAUAUUAUGAAACAUUCUUUUCACGUGCCGACGAGCAUUACACGUAAAGCUUUUUUUUUCUUUUUAAACAUCGGUGUACGUGAAAUGUCAUUUUUCCUUUGUGAUUAACCCUUAACGCUCCGUUGGCUCUUGUUACAGAGACAUUUGUAAUCAACACGAUCAGGGUAAAAUUAUUUUUGUUCCAACAAGAGUGAAUUGCAAAAUGUAAAAUUUAAGUCUUAUUUACACUGAAGUUUUAUGAAAUAAAUAAAGAAAGAAACAUUUACAAGCCGUUGCCCAUUUUGUUUUUUAAUUAGACUACAUGUUCAAGCGUUUUACCAUAGAAAAGUGUUUGGAUCUGCUAGAUGAUAGUAUUGAAAAAAUAACCGGAGCAUUAAUAAUUAAAAUUUCAUUUCAUUCAAAUGGGUGAAAGUUGUGUAGAAGUAAUUCUACGAAACUUCACCUGAAAAAGGACAAAUAUUUGAAAGCUCGCGCUCUAAAUUUUUGUCAUCUUUAUCGAGUUUGUAAACAAAAAUGACACUUCAUAUGCACUAAUCUAUCGCGUAUCGCAUAAUGCCAUAAAAAGAAACGAUCCAAUAGCGACACUUACUCCAGCGAUAAAAUUUAAAAACCUCAUAAUGUCGAUUCGAUGAACAUAAUUCUAUCAAUGG